AUGGAUGUCCAAGGAUUAAGGGAGGAAAGAGAGGCCUGCAUCAGGGAAAGAGUCUUACUUGCAGACGAGAUGGACUCCUUUAUCGUCGGCCAUAUAGGAGAAAUAAGAGAGGUGCUAACGAUUGGAGAGGCCAUUAGCAGCAUGAUCUGUUCGGAGGAGCUUCUAAUGUUUGUUUCUUGGAGAGUCUCUAGGCUGGUAGAACUAAUAAGAGACAAGAAGAUAGAGGUUCUCAGUGAUCUACUUGAGAAGAGAAUAGAUUGCAAAUGUCUUGAAGAUAUUUUGGCUGCAGAGUACUGUUGUAAAAAGGUCUUGUCCAAUGACACUAUAGAAUGCCCUGUGCUGGACAUAGAUGUGUGCAUUGAUGUAGUAAAUGGAAUUGUUGACAUCAAAGGCGACAGAUUCCGAAGAAUCAUAGUCGGCACAGACAAAGUUUUGCAUAGAUCGUUAGAUAAGUUGUUUUCUGAGGCUUUUCAUAUGAAGGUUAGUAAGGAGCUGAUGCUAUCAUACAUCUUUAAUGUGAAGCUAGAAAUGGGACUGGAAAUAUUCAGAAGCCUCUAUGAAAAGCCUUUGGAGGUUUUGAAGAGUUUGGCUUCUUACAAAUACUACAAAGAAAAAGGAAUUCACAUACUUAUUAAGAAAGAUGAAGUACCACAUCAUCUCUUGGAAAGUGUAAGAGCCGAGGUUGAGAAAGAAAUAGCUGGCAUAAUUGGCAUGGAGUCUUCGGAUGAGAAGAAGGUGCUCCUUAUCAAUUAUCUGCUUGUAAUGUUUGGGGGAAUUGGAUCAGACCUUGAUCUAAGCUACUUCGAUGGCAAGAAAGAAGGAUACGUGCUGGAUUGGAGAAAGUUUGAAAACAAUACCUUUACUCAAAAUACAAAUAUAAGCUGA